AGCGGGCAAAUUUAGCAGGGGAUCAAAAACUCCCCCCCCCUCACUGUAUAUAUGCUUGCUUGGAACAUUUAUUAUAUAAAUAUAAUUAAACCUUAAAAUUCUUACAAUUGCAUAUGGUUGCAUGAACUUUUAAGAUCUCCCCAUUUCCCACAAUACAUUUUUUCACACACUUUUUAUCUACCAUCUUCCCCAAAAUAAUAAUAGUAUUUACACUACCCCCCCCCCCACCAGCUGCAAGGCUUUCCUUCGCUUCACCCUGGAAAGUAUUAGGAUUCAAUCCACCAUCCCGAUGGAUUUCUGUCUGGGGCAUGUGCUGCCUUUGGUCGCCUCCUGCCCUCUAAGGGAUUAUGGAGUCAGGGGGAGCCCUGGAUUCCCCUCUUCCAGAGGAGGCAUUAGCCGUGGGAACCAAUUAAAUCCGUCAAACCGUUGAAUUUUGAAGAUUAUUUGAAGUUUCUACAGUUUUCUAUAUUGGAUAGUCGGAGGAAAAAGUCCGAUUCAUGGUAUCCGUUUAUUGGUACAAUUUUAAGGCUGCUUUUCUUCCUUUUCUUUUUUUAAAAAAUGUAUUUUUAUUAAAGAUUUCUUGAGUUACAAAAGUAUGUGCGAUGUCUCUCUCUCGUAUUUUUUCCAUGUAGUGUAUCACCUUUUUAAAGGCUAAUUUUCUGGGGCUCUUUGCUGUUGUGCAUUUAUGGUCCCUGUGUCAACGGUCAUUGCCCUGGCCUUAGGUAGAGGCUGCGGUGGGGACUUGGGAUUUUUGGGGAGCCGUUUAACUGCCCCCCCAUUCCUGGUGUUAACAGCACCAAUACCUCAAACAUAGAAUCAUAGAAUCAUAGAGUUGGAAGAGACCCCAAGGGCCAUCCAGUCCAACCCCCUGCCAAGCAGGAAACACCAUCAAAGCAUUCUUGACAUAUGCCUGUCAAGCCUCUGCUAAAAGUUCCAGUCUUUGGCCUUCAUUCAGCCCAGUGUUGCCUCCAAGCAGCCGGUCUUGAUUCAGAUUCAUUUCAUGGACAAUUAGUGGCCCAAAGUCACCCACUGAGCUUCAUGGCUGAGUGGGGAUUUGAAACAUAGGCUCUCCCAGACCCUAGUCCAAUUGUUUCUCCAUUAUUUUCUAACAUUAUAUUUCCUGCACUUUCUGCUGCCUGGAUCCGGGAUCAGCCCCUCCGUUGCUCUCUAGAUCCACAGAAGGAAGAGGGGAGGGGGGGAACCUUCCUCUCUCCCCCCCCCCACAUUCAACUCUUCCUCUCUCCUCCCGGGUCCGGCACAUCCUUCCCUCACACAGCACCCCCAACCCAAAUCCCCAUAUGUUGCACUUCUUCUCCUUCUCCCCGCAAUACUGCUUCUGUUAAGGGAAUGGGGGGUGUGGAGAGCCCCCCCUCCCAAACUGCCUGCUUCUCCCGGAAGUGGAGCUUCUACACCGGAUUGCUGCUCUGCGCCGUAGCUCUAGGGGCGCGCGCUUUCGGAAAGGGGAGGAGGGACCGCAGGGGAAAUCCCCCCCCCCGUGGGAAAGAGAAUCGGGAGCGAGGACAAAGAGGGCCUGCCUUCACCUGCAGCAGAAUUCCCCAACCCACCAAGGAUUUGAGACCCAUCAGCUAUCCUCACCUGGUUUAGCCGGCCGGUUGAAGCCGUUGCUUGGAUCCUGGUCCCUGUUGCAUGCUGACACAGGACUUCUUCUCAGCCCAUUCUGAGGAAAGUGAUGGAGAAGACAAGUCAGAAUUUCGGGGGAGGGAGCAACUUUCAUUUCACUAGAAAAAAACAUUAUAAUGUGUGAAAUGUGGAAUAUGCUUCACUGAAUGAGCACACAUAGCUCACAUCUCAAAGAGCGAAGAAACCAUUUAAAGGUAUGGAGAGUGGAAAGAGUUUUACUGAUAGUGGAACACUUAGAGCACAUCAAGGUACUCACAUGGGCAAGAAAAGAUUCCAAUGCAAGGAGUCUGGAAAGAGGGGAAACCUCAAUAUACAUCAGCGGACUCACACAGGUGAAAAACUAUAUAAAUGUAUGGAGUGUGGAAAGAGCUUUAGUAAUAGUGGAAGCCUUAGACAACAUCAACGGACUCACACAGGAGAGAAACCAUAUGAAUGUAUGGAGUGUGGAAAGCAUUUUAGUGAUAAUGGAAACCUUAGAAGACACCAACGGAUUCACACAGGAGAGAAACCAUAUGAAUGUAUGGAGUGCGGAAAGAGUUUUAGUGAUAAUGGAAACCUUAGAAGACACCAACGGGUUCACACAGGGGAGAAACCUUUUAAAUGCAUGGAGUGUGGAAAGAGCUUCAGUUGGAGUGGACACCUCAAUAGUCAUCUACAGACUCACACGGGCGAAAAACCAUUCAAAUGCAUGGAGUGCGAAAAAAGCUUCAGUCACAGUGGAGACCUUAAAUUACACCAGCGAACUCACACGGGAGAAAAACCAUAUGAAUGCUUGGAGUGUGGAAAAAGCUUCCGUUUCAAUGCAAGCCUUAAAAGACAUCAACGGACUCACACAGGAGAGAAACCAUAUAAAUGUAUGGAGUGUGGAAAGAGCUUCAGUUUAAAUGCAAACCUUAGAAGCCAUCAACAGACUCACACGGGUGAAAAACCAUAUAAAUGUAUGGAGUGUGGAAAGAACUUCAGUUUAAAUGCAAACCUUAGAAGGCACCAACGGACUCACACAGGAGAGAAACCAUAUAAAUGUAUGGAGUGUGGAAAGAGCUUCUGUCAGAGUGGACAACUCAAUAUACACCUACAGAUUCACACAGGGGAGAAACCAUUUAAAUGCAUGGAGUGUGGAAAGAGCUUCAGUUUCAAUGCAUCCCUUAGAAGGCACCAACGGACUCACACAGGAGAGAAACCAUAUAAAUGUAUGGAGUGUGGAAAGAGCUUCAGUUUAAAUGCAAACCUUAGAAGCCAUCAACAGACUCACAUGGGUGAAAAACCAUAUAAAUGUAUGGAGUGUGGAAAGAACUUCAGUAAGAGGGUACAACUCAAUAUACACCUUCAGAUUCACACAGGGGAGAAACCAUUUAAAUGCAUGGAGUGUGGAAAGAGCUUCAGUUUAAAUGCAAGACUUAAAACACACCAACGGAAUCACACAGGAGAGAAACCAUAUAAAUGUAUGGAGUGUGGAAAGAGUUUCAGUCACAGUGGACAAUUCAACAUACAUCUAGAGACUCACACAGGGGAGAAGCCAUUUAAAUGCAUGGAGUGUGGAAAGAGCUUCAGUUUAAAUGCAAACCUUAGAAGCCAUCAACGGACUCACACGGGUGAAAAACCAUAUAAAUGUAUGGAGUGCGAAAAGAGCUUCAGUUUCAAUGAGUCCCUUAGAAGACACCAACGGACUCACACAGGAGAGAAACCAUAUAAAUGUAUGGAGUGUGGAAAGAGUUUUAGUGAUAAUGGAAACCUUAGACAACAUCAACGGACUCACACAGGAGAGAAACCAUAUAAGUGUAUGGAGUGUGGAAAGAGUUUCAGGCACAGUGGAAAUCUUGGAAAACAUCAGCGGACACAGGGAAGAAACCAUAUAAAUGUAUGGCAUGUGGAAGGAACUUCAGUCAGAGGGGAGCCCUUGAUUUAAGUCAAGAAACUUACAGAAGAGACAAACCAUAUAAAUGUCAGGAAAGUAGAUAGAGGGUCAGUCCUAGUGGAAGUCCUAUAUCAACAGACUCAUGAGCAGGAAGAACUUUAAUAGUUUAACCAUACAAACCCAUCAACAACUGAAGAAUAGAAGCAGUUUAAAUGGAAAGAUUUGCAGAAAGUGCUUUUGUUAUAAUGGAGUGUUUAAGAAACAUCUUGGGACUCUCACAGGGGAGAACCCAUUUAGAUGUAUGGAAUGUGGGACGUGUUCCUCUCAGAAUCCACUCCUUUCUUCACAGCAAUAAACUCAGCAGGAAAUCAGUCUUCAAAGCAUGAUGUGUAUGUGAAGUUCUUGUGUUUAUAUGUAAAGCUGAACAGUAAUGAAAUAUUUAAGGCAAUGUCUCACAAUAGGGAGUAUAAUUUUAGAUACCUUUUGAUAGAGAGGGGGAAUCUGAAUUGCUGGUGGGGAGUGAGGAUUAGGGCUGGCCCCAUAGCUGCCAAGUUUUCUCUUUUCUCGCGAGGAAGCCUAUUCAGUAUAAGGGAAAAUCCCUGUAAAAAAGGGAUAACUUGGCAGCUAUGGCUGGCCCAUAUAUUAAUAUCUCGUCCAAUACCAGUUUCUAGGCCACAUCGUGAUAACCUUUGAAAAACAAUUGAUAUGGCAAUAAACCACGAAUCACAGCGUGUGUUUCUGGGAUGUGCCUGGAAGCAGCCGGCAGAAAACUUUGCUUCGUGAAGCCCCUGAAGAUGCCCAGUUGCUGACUUCCCUCCCAGGUGACAGGAAGAGAAACACACACCUCCAUUGCCCUGUGUUGUUCCAGCCUCUUUCCUCCCUUGCUCCCUUCUGCCGGUUUGUGUGCCUGACCUAGAUAUACUGUGGGUGUAUUUUUUUACUGCCAAAACUGGAUUUUGUGCCUCACUGGGGACCCACUGAGAACUGUAUGCUUUGAACCCUCAGUAAACUAUAACUGAAGAAGUCCUGCUUCCAGUGUGCAUGUGUGUGUUGUUGUUGUUGUUGUUGUUGUUGUUGUUGUUGUUGUUGUUGUUGUUUUGACCUCUGCAUGGGAAUUGCUCUGCAUGUGGCCCCUUCCCCGCUGAUACUUAGUUUAUGCCCUGGAGUUGCUGUACUCAAGCAUGCAAGAUGGGUGUGUGUUUGUGUGUGUGUGUGUGUGUGUGUGUGUGUGUGACUGGUUUUUCCACCAAACUCUGUCCCCCCUCCCCCUACCACAUGAUCUCAAAACACUGCUUCUUCACUAGAACUUAUCCCUGCCUCCUACGCAUUCUGAAGAAAACUUUAAAUUCUGUAAUUUAAUGGGAGAUUCCCCGCCCCUAAGCCUAAUUGCAAGACGGAAAAGGAGAAGGAGGGGCUGCAGGUACCAGGGAAGUCUCCUGGGGGGGGCAUCUUCACUCAUGAACCCCAUGGGGCACCCCAGAGCUGCUGCUUAUUCUGGGGUUUGGGGAUGAUAGUAUUGUCCCAUUGUCCCAGAAGUUAUUAUUCUUCCAGCUAGAGGACCACAGUGCAUAUUGUUAUUGUACUGAUUUUAUUGUUGUUGCUGCUACUGCUCUGCUGUCAUGGACUGGCAGGGAGA